CUACCUGGAAUCAUUAGACAGAAAACCUUACGACCGGUAGCACGUCCUCUAGAGCUACAGACAGGUGUUACUACACGGAUAGCCGUGCUACGGCCACUGAUCCUUCCAGUACCCAACUGUUUGGAUAUUUCUUAACAUCUGUUUUACAUUUUUCUGCACAAAAGUGAAUAUUAUUUGUGACUAAAACAAGUGAUUUUGAAUUAUUUCUGUAAAAAUGUCUUUCAUAUUUGGACGGCAUAAGGAAAGGGACGCUGGGAAAACCCACAAAUUUUACGUGGAAUUUCUGGGAUGGAUAGAGUGUCCGGCUCUACGAGGGAGAAAAUACACAGAUCCUGUUGUGAACGAUCUGAGGAGAAAGCAGAGAAAAUGGAGGAACGCUCCCAAAUUAACGCUACAGGUGAGCAAAAAAGAAAUGAAAAUUUCACAAGAUAUGGAAGAAAAGAAGCGCAAAAUCAAAACUGUUAAAUUUCCAAAUAUUCCAUCGCGAGAUAUAACUUAUGUUACCCAGGCAACUGACCCCAGUACCGGGAGGCUGGAUGAUAUUGUGGCUUGUAUCUACCUCGGCUUCGUGCCGCGCACACAGAAAUACGUACACGUACAUGUGUACAGGUUUGACACUCCAGAAACGGCUACAAACUUUGUCAGAAUCAUGCACCAUAUCAUCAGCGCUUACACUGACCGGGUACGACAGAUAGAAAUGGACCUGGCAUCACGUGGUUGGAUCGACGAUACACGAUUGAACCGGUCGGACGGAAUGAGUGACCCGCACACCUCCGACUCGGCCCCCGACUCCGGGGCCAGCACAUACAGCGGUGAUGAUGAUACCCUACCCUCGGACGAGAUCGAACCUGAUCUCCAGAGUCUCAAGGAUGUUAUGGCUUUCGAUUCCGUUACUGACGAACUAAAACAGAGACUGAACCUGGCACCCACCAAGAAGUCCGCUGGGCCAAUCUUACUCCCACCAAAGGAUUACGACACCAUUAGCAGAAGACAAGGAAACCUUGAUAAGGUGGAUCUACGGAAGUCGUUAAACAUCAACAUUGUAGGACAGGUGGCCAAACCUCGCCACAGAAAUGGCUCGGACGAGAGUGGCGUCGACCUCAACUCGCCUUCUGAUGAUUCUGAUGACGGUAAGGCCAUGGAGCCGGAAUCCCCGAGUGAGGAAACAAACUCCUCACCGCCUUUAAGUGCUCGAGACAUGGUGUACCCUCCACGCAAUUCAAAUGGACUUAAUGAUUCUUUCCAACGACAAACGCCAAACAGACAGCAGUCUUUUAAUUCUGCGUACAGUGGUAAUAGUUAUCGGAGUGGUUCCUCAAAUAACUCUAACGGCCUGGGAGACUCCAUGAACACCUCGGAUACUGGUCUGAGGGUGUAUAAAGGUACCACAGAUAUUCCAGCAGCCGACUACGACCAGGAACCCGUUAUAAUGAGGCGGGAAAACCAGUGGAGAAGCACGGACAUUGGACGUUCCGUGGCAUUCGCUCAGGACUUCCAAGGGAGGAGGAGGAUAACGUCCCCUCCCAUGACUCUUCAUGAGGAGGAUGGACCCAUGUAUGCUAUUGUGAACAAACAGAGGCCAAGGUCAACGCGUGACCCUCAUUUCCAUGAAGGAUAUUCCCCAAGGCCGGGCGAUUUCCGUGUCCGGCGGACGGUUUCCAUGUAUAACAAAUAGAACACUUUUAUAAAAUAGUGACAACUGUUGCCAAAGAUCUUCUCUGAAAUCCUGAAUGUGUCUGGUUAUUUCGACAGGAGGAAGGACUCUAAUGUUGUUGACAGAACACUAUACGUAUUUUCGUGUUUCGAUUAGAGAUUAUCCAAGAUUUGGUGAUGACAACGCGAAAGUGGUCCGGGACAUAUUGGAGCAAUAUAUAUAAACCAAAAUUUCCACGUGUGACUUUCGAUUCCCCUCUCAUGUGAUAUCACAAUGGAGAGGGGUGCCGAAGUGGAUAUAGUAAAACAUUUCCUUACGUUGUUCCGACAAAGAGGAAUAUAUACUCUACAAGGAUGACGUAACUGUGGUAGUUCCGUCAUUGUGUGGUGGUGAGCUGACGCUGUUGGACUGAACUGUUCUCUGACACUCAGCUGUAUCAAGCUGUAAUAUGGUAAUUAAAAUUAAUCCUAAAUCAAAAUACGUCAUUCUCGAUACAAAAUGAUUAUUGGUAACACGUCCAUACGUUCAACUGAUACACAUUUUGUUCUCAUAAUAUUUAUUAAAUGUGUACACGUUAAUAACAUGUACUGUGACGGGCGACCUUUCCUCAUCUCCAGUGGUACAUACACUAAGACACUGGGUUUGAUACAGCUGAACCAAAGAACAAUGAGGACAUUGGGAUAGUAUACAGCUCAGCCACUGGAACUGUGUUCAGGCACCAUUUAUCAUUUAUACUCAGAUAUUAUCCGUUAGUAAUCCAUAUAUACUGUGUGUGAGUUGGUCAUUGUUUGGAUAUUGAUGGUCAGUUUAUUCUAGUGAGGGUGGUCAGUGUUUGAACUGGUGGUCAGAUUAUGGACAGUAGUCAGUACAUGUCCAGGUAAACCAAAAGAUAACAGACUUGUUUUCUGUAAAACAUCAAAUGUAUCUUACAGCAUCGAGACAAAUUUGUCUCAUUUGUUGGACUAAAUACAUAACAAUAGGACAUUGUGUAUUAUAUUAAUUUCGGAGUAAUUAAGUUAUGUCAAAUUAAGCAACACUCACGUGCUAUUGUCUCCCGGGCAACAUUCUUACAAUUUCGUGCAUUGUUAUGCCAGAUAGGAGUACAUUUUGAGUAAUUGACAUUGAAAGUGUCAGUUAGCCAGUGUCCGGCCGGAUUCCUAACUGACCGGUAGAAUUAACGCGACUUAGGUACUAAUUCUUGUACAAUGGUCAGUUUAACGGAGCCGUUCCCGGCCCAGUUAUUAGGCUAGGUUUUAUACGACUAACAGGCGAUGUAUAUAUCCCCGAAUAUAGUCGUCUUAAAUCCUUUUAUCAUACUUCUCAGACACAAUUUCCUCAAUUUUGCCUAAUUUACAAACUUUUUCAAAUGUUUUUGCAAAUCAGAAGUAUUUUUGUGUUUCUAUUGAUAUAUAUUUUUUUUAUAUUUAUACCUUAUUGUUGUAUUUAAGGAAAUAUUUCACAAGUAUACACAUUUUGGGUGUUGUGUAGGUGAGUGUAACUUUGGGAUGAGUAAGGCCCGUGUUACAUUACCACUAGGUUACGAGAUAGAUCCACGUGUCUUCGUGUCCCACGGCCUCGGGAUUUCGAUACAGACAUUAACACUGUUUUGGAACACCGCCAAAAAUUAAAAGAAUGUUGUAUUAAAAAAAGUUUUAAAGUUUUAAAUUCACAACCAAACAAAUAUAUGUAAUAGAGAGUUUUCGUUUUGAUCGUUAGACAGUUUAAAUUGGCCCGGGAAUGACUGAUAUAAAUGGGUGUUUUGGUAACAGUGUGUCGGUAUUGUCCCUGGCGACUACUGAGUAUCUGUUGUGAUCAAAACAUUAAGAGACAAUACCUACCCAAACAAGUAGGUCCGCCUCUAUUGGUUAUAUAACCUGCUAUCUCGGUUAUCUACACACAAUAACUUGUACCUAUUUAACAAUACAGAUUGUUCUAGUUAGUUCUUAUUGUAUAGCGAUUGUAGUUUACCAUCAAAGGCAUGGUCCGAUUUUGUUUUUCGGUUAAAUACGAAUUUUCAAAAAACCGACGUGGGUUUGAGUCACGCGCUAGUGAAUUUCAAAAGGUCCCACCUGCUAUAUCAGCUGACGGUAGGAAUCGUAACACCUGUAUUGUAAAAUCAAUUAACACGUGGACAGACUCUAAUAAAAUUCCCAAAUAUUAGGUCACAUCUCACGCUCGCUACCAAAAUAUUCUAAAAACAAAAAUAAAAUUUCAUAUAAUGAGUUUAUAUGUUCGAUUUGAGAAUGUUUUCUGUGAAACUAUUCAGAACAUCUGAGUUAAGUGAUCAGCCCGUUUACCUGUGUCCCGGAGACAUCUUGUGAUCUAAGUGGCGCUGAAAAAUGACAGAUGACGAUAGACUUCAGUGAUACUUUUAAUGUCAAAACUGCCCUGGAACAAAACAGCCGUCGCAGUACGGAGAUGGAUAGUAUGUUAAUAGACUGGCCCGGUUUGUGUGAUGAUAUCAAACACUGUACCCCAUAACGUUCACAUGUAGUGACGUGUCAUUUGAUGACUUUUUGAUAUUUUUAAACAAAUAUAAUUAUUUAAUUUUCGACCUACUUUCAACUUCUGAAAGUAUUCCUCGUAACUCAAACGACCUGUACCACGAAGCGCCUACAGGAGGCUGUGUAGACGUGUAUGGAUGUUACUCAUAUUAAAGUAUCAUAUAUUUGUUGAGAAAGCGUUAAAUGUAUGUAAAUAUACAUAUAAAAUGAACUAAUUUAUGAGUUUAAUAACUUAGAUAUCUAUCCAUCAGCUUCACGAUGACUUAUCGCAUUAUCUAUAUCGCCGUUUAUUAAACUAUAAUGAUUACCAAGUCGACGAAAUCUGUACAUGAUUUUGUUUGUAUUACACGUAACAAUUAUCCUAUCUCGGUACAACAUCAUGAGUCUUAUUUAUGUUUCCAUUUCCAAGCGUGUGAGUGAUCCAAGUGACGGAGUAGAGAGAGAAAGUCACUUUGUGACGAGAGUAUGAACGAGAUUUGUUAUUGUUAUACAGUUUGGAGCGUGAAUGAUGACUUUCAGGGCAAACAAUACUUGUUAUACUUGUUUUUCGAAUAAAUUUAUAUUUUAUAUAUUA